UCCCGCUUAUCUGCUGUAACAAAUGUCUCUCUGCCAUCAUCAAGUGCAGGCGAAGAGGGAGGAGUUUGUUAAUGUUCAGUUUGUUCUCUGGAUCGAUGUUUCCUGGCAUCGCCUCGCCCUGUCUGUGUAUGCAUGUUAUACUAUUCCAACCAAACACGCGCACUCUCUCGCUCUCUCUCACUCACGCUCUCUCUCUCUGUCCAUUAUAUAUCACACGGAGACUGGCAUCUGACAGCAACAGGGACAGCCUUCCCCUCCCAAAAAAAAAAGAAAGAAAAAAAGGGCGAAAGAAAUCCGCCAUAGAGCUGCGGCUCUCCGCCACAUAAAAGGCACCGCUGUCUGUGAUCUCUCUCUUUCCUUUCCGCUUUUCUCUUUUUCUUUUUACAUCACGCUUAUUGGAUUAAAACACAAGCCGAAGUGCCGCGAUCGGAGGAGCGCCGAGCGCCUCUGUAUGGACUGUGAGAGCGCCCAGACGCCGCGUAACUGUGGGUAGAGAAGUCAGCGCAAGUGCCCGGUGCGGAGAUGCCCAGGAGGAAACAGCAGGCGCCCAAGCGGGCAGCGGUGUACAUGCCUGAUGAAGAUGUCAAUAUUGAGGAAACGGCUGAAGGAGAUGAAAGUGACAAUGACGGUGCCACAGAAGAAAGUUGCCAGGAUGUUAAGGCCAGUUCAAAAGAGCUGGAAGACAAGGAAUUGGAUAACAAGAGUAGCUGUAGUUUCCAGAAUUCCCCACGAAGUGCUCUGUCCACUCAAGAAGUGGAGCUGGAGUCUCACCUCAGUGACCACAGUGAUCGGAUGGCUGACUUCAAGAGCAGCUCUCCUUCUAAAAGUCACAAAGAGGAAGACCCGAGCGGCCCAAAACUGAAGGAAGAGAUGCAAAACAGUCUGGAGAAAAUGAGAGCAGCUUAUGCCAACUUCCUUUCAGAUUCCUACUGGGCAGGAAUUGGCUUGGAUCUCAAAUCCACCAGUAACCCCAGUGGCCCGAGCUGUGACAGCACCAAUGGGAGCAGCAAGAGUGAAUUUGACUGGCACCAGGACGCUUUGUCAAAAACUCUGCAACAGACAUUGUCUCCCAAACCCAUCUCUAAGCCUAAUCUUUUUAGUUCUGUCCACCUCUACCGACAGAACAGCAAACCGUGCGGGACUGUGUUUACAGGUGCCAGCCGCUUCAGGUGCAAAGACUGCAGUGCAGCUUACGACUCCUUGGUGGAGCUGACCGUGCACAUGAACAAAAGUGGGCAUUAUCAGGACGACAACCAUAACAGAAAGAAAGAUGCAUCAACCUCCUGUUCAAAGACACGGAAAAGGAGUUUGCAAGACAUGGAGGGAAAAGAGGACGCCCAAAAGGUCCUCAAAUGCAUGUUCUGUGGCCAUUCAUUUGAUUCACUUCAAGAUUUAAGUGUCCAUAUGAUCAAAACUAAACAUUACCAGAAAGUGCCUUUGAAAGAACCAAUUCCUGUCAUUGCAUCAAAGUUAGUCCCACCCACCAAGAAACGGGCUUAUGAAACAGCUCGGCCUUGUUCACCAGAUUCAACCACAGGAAUAUCAGGUUAUGCAGAUUCCCCUAAAUCCUCUGCCUUUCACUUGUCCAAUAACAACCGUUAUGGCUACCAGAAUGGAGCCAGUUACACAUGGCAGUUUGAGACCUGCAAGUCUCAAAUACUGAAGUGCAUGGAGUGUGGAAGUUCUCACGAUACACUUCAACAGUUAACUACUCAUAUGAUGGUCACAGGUCAUUUUAUUAAAGUUACAAGUUCUGCAUCCAAAAAGGGAAAGCAGUUAGCCCUCGAUCCCAUAGCUGUAGAAAAAAUGCAGUCGUUGGCAGAGCCUCCGGCUAGUGAUACUCAGGCUGUUACAGAUGUGGGCAAAACAUCACCAAGCAUUGCAGGUUCAGAAGACUUGGAGAUAAAAAAAGAAGGUGCUGAUGUCACUGAUGACAUGAAAGUGGAAGAGAAAGGCCCUAAUGAAAGUAAACAUGAAGAAGGCGAGCGUAAGCAAGAAGAUGCCAUGUUCAAAUACCCGUACCUCCGAGAAGAAGACCUAGAGCACGAGGGUGAGGGAGGAGCGGAUAUUCUGAAAUCUCUGGCCAACACUGUGGCUUCAGCAAUUAACAAAGCUCAAACUGGCACACCAAGCUGGAGUGCGUACCCCAGCAUUCACGCUGCAUAUCAGCUGUCUGGAGUGAUAAAGAGUCCCUUACAGCCACCAGCUGCCCAGCCACUUCACUUGAAGCAAAGCUUUAACAGCAGGUUGAGACCAAUCGCUCCAAAGGGGAAAUUUUACCAGAACACUUCUGCCAUCGAGCCCUCUAACGUGUUUGUCAAAAAGGAGCAUUGCAGUGCCAGUAAGCGGACAGAUUCUCCCAUUUCCAACGCCACUGUGGAAGCUGCUCUAGACAACCACAUGCAGGAUGAAUUACCCGUUGUCUUAAAACGAGAAAGGGUACUUGGGAAAGAUGGAAGUGAUUCAAAGGAAAGCAAGCCAGAUCUUAUGGAAGAUAACAAGAAGUCUCAGCAGUCCCAGCCUUUCACUGCACUAAAUGGCUCCAGUGGUAUGUGUGCUUCCAUGAAUGACCCUCCCGAAGUUCUCAGUGUUAACCCACUUAGUGCUCUUCAGUCUGUUUUAAACAAUCACUUGGGCAAAGCCAAUAAGCCGUCCGGGCCAAGGCCUGAUUCUGUGCUAAGUGCUGGCACGGCAGCCAUGUUAUCCAAAAUUAACAGAAGCCUGAUGGAAAAGCCUGCUUUGGCCCCAGUCCCGCCUCAAGCCAGCAGGCUAGACAACCAUUUCCUUUUCGAAAGCAGUGACCAACCCAUUGAUCUGACCAAAUCCAAAAGCACCAAAAGCACGCCAACCUCUCAAGCACAGUCAUGCACUCCGGUACCGCAAAAGCACGCCCUAUCCGAUAUUGCCGACAUGGUGAAAGUUCUUCCAAAAGCUACUACCCCCAAACCCUCACCACCAUCAAGGAUGCCUUCUGUGAAGCUUGAAAGUGACGUGCGCCGCUUUGAGGAUGUGUCAGCUGAAGUCUAUUCUGUGCAUAAGAGGAAAGGCAGGCAGUCCAACUGGAACCCCCAACACCUGCUCAUUCUGCAGGCCCAGUUUGCAUCUAGCCUCUUCCAGACCUCAGAAGGCAAGUAUUUGCUGUCAGACUUGGGUCCUCAGGAACGAAUGCAUAUUGCCAAGUUUACUGGACUUUCUAUGACCACCAUUAGUCACUGGCUGGCCAAUGUCAAAUAUCAACUGAGAAAAACAGGAGGGACCAAAUUCCUGAAGAACAUGGACACUGGUCACCCAAUUUUCUACUGUAAUGACUGUGCCUCCCAGUUCAGGUCGCCCCCUGCUUUUAUCAGCCAUUUAGAGUCCCAUCUGGGCUUUCAAUUAAAAGACAUGAACAAGCUUCCCUCAGAGCCACAGACGCAAGCAGAGCCGGAAGUGCCCAAAGGGAUUGGAAUGGGGGUACGGGUGGCAGAAGCCCCCGUCACAGAAGAUGACGUGGACUCCAAGUUUAAGUGUAAGCUGUGCAGUCGAACAUUUGCCAGCAAUCACGCCGUCAAGCUGCACUUAAGUAAAACACACAGCAAAUCCCCAGAGAACCACUCACAAUAUGUCGAAGUGGAUAAAGAAUAGCAGUGUGUGUCAGUACAUGAAAGAGAGAACAGAAAACAAACAAGAGCUUGAGCUGUAAACAUUUCCACAAUCUUUUUUUUUAUUAUUAUUAUUAUUAUUAUUGUUAUUAUUAUUAUUUGUUGGUUUCUUGUAAUUGUUCAACUUGCGUUGCUUUUCUGAGCACACGUUGAUUUCCUUACAGUACAUGUUUCAAGUGGCAAUCUAAAUGUCUCCUACUUUGAACAAGUACAGCAACAUUUGAAUGUUAGAUCAGGAUGCCCUUGCUUGCUUCAGUUAGUCAUUUCGAGGCUCUGCGGGCUGUAAGCGUCAACGCGAGAGCCUUUCAAAAGUCGGGCUUCCGCAUGGGGGCACCCUAAUGUGACCUGUUGUCAGUAGCAAAACGUUUUACUGCUUGAAACAUGACAUGCCAGCGUUAGCAUGCAGUAAUGCUGGCCUGUGCUACUAUUUAUUUGUAUGAUAUUCCAAGAUAAUUUUAUUUCCUUAAAAUUGAUUAUUGCAUUUAAUGUAAUUUAAGUCGGUAAAACCAAUAUCUGCACCAAAACCAAUGUUCUUAAAGGCAGAUCUGGUGCCCCAUUUCCAUAUGCUAAAAUAUAUAUUACUUUGGUUAAAACAAAAGCAAGUCAAAAUCUUAAAAAAAAAAUGCUGUUGUGAUAUAGAGUAUAAAGAAGCACUUUAAUAAAUAUUUCAACACCUGUUAAGAUUUAGAAGCUGUUCAUGACUUUGACAUUUUACACAACCUGGAAAUGACAAUAUGUUUGAUUAAAUGUAAAUACUGUAGGACAAUAUUAGUAUGAGAUUCAUCUUAAAGGAAUAUGAGGAAACAAAAUGAGACCUGCACCUUUUGUACCAAUACAAAAUAAAGCGUUAACAUUUUCUAACAA